AUGGGUUUUCCAUCCGCUGUUGCUGCUGCUGCUUGGGCCCCAGCCAAGUGUGGCUUCGGAGAUGGAUGUGCGUCCUUUGGUGGGCCGUGCCCCAUGCUGGUGCAGGGCAAGUUCUUCGGGUACUUCUCGGCAGCCUCUGAGUUCUCCGCCAACGCCUUGCGCUCCUCCUGGACUCUGUGCAAUGUGGGCCCGUGCCGCUGCAAGCUCUGCAUGAAGGUGGCCAAGGUGCCCACCUGCAGCAGGCCCGCCCAUGUCCGCGUCUACCAGUUGGAAUCCUUCCUGGAGUCCACACCCAGCUACCUGGGCCUGGAGAGCUGUGAUGAGGUGCUGAAGUUGUGCAAUUCCUCACGUCCCCUAGCCUUCCUGCAGGCCAGCAGGCAGUUCCAGCAGAUCGAGAGACAGCUGCCACCGGACAAUGACACCAGGCCCCAGGGUGAGGCCCUCCCACCUCAGUGACAACUUCUCCGGGGAGCACCUGGUCAUGGGUAACCACAACCCCAGUGAUGUCGCUGGCGGCCCUGAGAACUGCCUCACCAGCCUGACCCAGGACCGGGGCGGGGAUGCGCUCCAGAUUACUCAGAAGUAUCAGCUUCAUGAAGUCACUGCCUAACUAUUUGAAAAGAAAGCAGAUAUUCUUGGUGCCUUUUUAAUAAUGCUAGAG